CUCUGAUUCUAAUUUCUGAAGGUGCAAUCACGCCAAAAAAAAAACCGUUCGCAAUAUUCAAUUUGAAAUAGCCAUGGAGGCUGCAGUCAAGACCUUCUUUUCUUCACCGUAUUUUGCGGUCGUUGGGGCGAGCCAAAAUCCCGCAAAGUUUGGUCACAAAGUGUUUGCCUGGUAUGUAGCGCAUUCUCUGCCGGCAUCACCAAUCAACCCUACCUCUCCAGCCAUCGACCUGGCAAGUACUUCUCAUCCCACCGUUGCCUCCGUCUCCGCUCUCCCGUCGCCAGAGCAGACGUCGAUUUCGAUAAUUACUCCACCUGCUGUCACAAUAAAAGUAUUGGAGGAAGCAAAGGCUGCCGGUGUUCCCGCAGUGUGGCUGCAGCCGGGAACUUUUGAUGACAAGGUACUGAACUUUGCAAAGAAGGAGUUUCAGGCCGCUGUUGGAGGGGAUGGCGGCUGGGGGUCUGAAGGCUGGUGUGUUUUGGUGGACGGAGAAUGGGGUUUAGAGCUCGCCGGCAGAAACUGGAAGAAACAAAGGAUUUAAGUAUAAUACUUUCAGGGCAAGAGGAAGGCUUACACCAUGAUGAUGAAUGCGAGAGCAAGUCAUUGCCUUGCUCAAUGAUAACGACUUCUUAUGCAAGGCUGAAAGGGUUGGGUUAUUCUCUCAUUUUAUGAGUUAACAUGUUUGGAGACGGUAUUUUUGAUUUAAUUCAUGAAUGGAAAUUUAGUAAUUGGAUUAAUUCACUAAAUACAUGUCUGGAAUAUGGGU